UCUCGUUUUAUCCAAAGGGUCGAAAACGGAAGAACCGCACCUUAUCAGUUAUCAGCAUAUGGCUCUCUCACUCCCAGCUUCAAAAUCCAUUUUUUACAUAAGAUGUAGCAAUUCGACAAAUGAUCCUGUUCCAUCUUCCUCUGUGUUUAAAUCCCUCAAACUUCCCCGUUUCUGGCCAUGGCAAAAGGUAAAGAUGGGACCUUUAACAGUAUCUCCAAUGGGUUUUGGUACUUGGGCAUGGGGAAAUCAACUUCUCUGGGGUUAUCAAGAUUCUAUGGACUCUGAACUUCAGCGCACUUUCAAUCUUGCGGUGGAGAAUGGCAUCAACCUAUUUGAUACGGCUGAUUCUUAUGGGACUGGAAGGUUAAAUGGACAAAGUGAGAAACUUCUCGGAAAAUUCAUUCGCGAAUUUCCAGGAGACAAGCAAGUAAAGAAUGACAUUGUGAUUGCAACAAAGUUUGCAGCAUACCCAUGGCGCCUAACACCUGGACAAUUUGUGAAUGCUUGCAAGUCUUCUCUGGAUAGGAUGCAAAUUGAGCAAAUUGGAAUAGGACAAUUGCACUGGUCAACUGCAAAUUAUGCACCUCUGCAGGAACAAGCUCUUUGGGAUGGUUUAGUGGCCAUGUACGAGAAGGGUUUAGUUCGUGCAGUUGGGGUGAGUAACUAUGGACCAAAGCAGCUGCUGAAAAUACACAAAUAUCUUGAUGACCGAGGAGUUCCUUUGCGCUCAGCCCAGGUACAAUUUUCAUUGCUGAGUAUGGGAAGUGAUCAAAUGGAGAUGAAAAAUGUAUGUGAUUCUCUAGGCAUACGGGUCAUAGCAUACAGUCCUCUUGGUCUUGGUAUGCUCACUGGGAAAUAUACGCCCUCAAAUCUUCCACCUGGGCCAAGGGGACUACUCUUUAGACAAAUACUACCUGGAUUGGAGCCAUUACUUACCUCACUGAGAGAAAUAGCUCAACGACGUGGGAAAAUAAUACCACAGAUAGCUAUCAACUGGUGUAUAUCCAAGGGUACAAUUCCUAUCCCUGGAGUCAAAUCUGUAAAACAAGCUGAAGAGAAUCUAGGAGCCCUUGGCUGGCAACUCACUUCUGAUGAAUUGCUCCAAUUAGAAUACGCAGCUCUUGAUUCUCCACGCAAGAUGAUCCAAAACGUAUUUCAGACAAAAUGAUAACUUCUCCGCAUAAUGGAUAUACAAGGAGAAGGCAGCAAUCGAGUUAAAGGACACCAAUGCACACCUAUGGAUCAUUUUCAUAUAUUCAUUUGCUCUUCAGAGAGGCAUUUUCUCAAAAAAAUGAGCAAGGUCGCUUUGUUUACCGGUAAUGUAUAUCCUAUCCACGGAGAUAAAAACUUUAGAUAUCAAGGCCGAGUGUUGGGUCACAACACUCGUAUCAACAUUUCCUCAA